UCUUUUCCGACUCGUGCAGGAACAUCCGCGGUAACCGCGGAGAUGCUCCGAUUGUUAAUUUAUGCAAAUCAGGAAGGAAAUUAUCGCGUAGAUCUUUCGCGUGCGCGUGUCUUUUCAAAUUCCGCAAUAAUUAGACUCGAUAAAAUGGGUUUUUGGAACGACUGAUACUUUCUCACUAAUAAUCUUCAAGUUCUGAAAUCGAAUUCGGGGAAUUAAUGAUGCAAUUGACCAAGUUUUGUGACACUUAAUAAUAUCUGAUACUUGUUUUAUUUGUACAACUCGAAUCUGGGUUUUUCCAAGUAAAUCUUUUCGAUGAAAUUAAAUUGCGUGUUUUGAGGACUUUCCUGUUGCAUGUGAAAAUCAUAUUGGCACCUCCAGAAGGCAAUAAGAGUACACGUCAUCUCGUAUUCCCACGACAUAAGAACGAGCGAAAGGUGACCGGUGGAUGGUACCAGAAGGCCGCGAUUACGCCCCAGGCUAGGCCAUGGCAAGGUGGAGGUGGUACACAGCCGGGCCCCGUUCUCCGUUGGUCUCGCCGCUCGUCCAGUGGAGCUCAGUCAGUAGACAGUCGAUCCGUUCGGUCAGCUGGUUUUGCUCAUUCGCGUGUUACAAGAACUUCCUGAUGGUAAGCCCAUCACGAGCGACCAGAUAGAUCCCGGUCGAUCUUCCGGUGUACCUUUGAAGGGACCCUCGAAUAAAUCAGAUCGAUUGGAGAGAAUAUCGGCGGCCCGCGCGCCGCAUGUGCGCGAGUGUGCAGCAUCUCCACCGGAAACACCAACGGUACCAGGGAUCAAAUCAUCCGUAGAAGAGGACCAGACGACAACGGGGGAGGAAAAAGAGGGUAGCGACUCAGGAAGGAGAGGUGCGCGCGCGCGGUCAGACAGGAAAUGACCAUAUCGUACGCGAGCGAAGUGCCGAACGGCUCUAGCUUUGGCUGCUUCUGGAGGAUUCUGAUCAAAUGGCGUGGAUCUGUUUACAAGCUAAUUUGGCGAGAACUAUUGGCGUAUCUGUUCUUCUACUACCUCAUCAAUUUUACAUAUCGAUACGUACUCAAUGACAAUCAGCGGGUAAUUUUCGAAAAGAUCCGUUAUUAUUUCGGCAACUCCAGCGAAUCCAUACCCAUGUCAUUCGUUUUAGGAUUCUACGUGAGUCUUGUUGUAAAAAGGUGGUGGGAGCAAUACAAGCUCUUGCCCUGGCCAGACAAUCUUGCCCUCUUCAUCAGCGCCGCUAUUCCUGGAAAUGAUGAACGGGGGCGGCUGAUGAGACGCAACAUCGUAAGGUAUGCUGUGCUCGCGUACGUCAUUACGCUGCAAAGAAUUUCGCUUCGAGUUAAGAGGCGUUUCCCAACACUUCAGCAUAUGGUGGAUGUAGGUUUGAUGAUGGAAUCGGAGAAAAAAAUUUUCGAGAUUAUGAACAAAAAGGCGGCCAUGUCCAAGUACUGGAUGCCGCUCGUCUGGGCGACCAACAUCAUCAACAGGGCGAGGAAGGAGUCCCUGAUUACUAGUGAUCAUGUAGUGCAAACUCUCCUAGUCGAGCUCAGCGAUAUCCGGAAGAGGCUUGGCGCGUUGAUUGGUUACGAUACUGUUUGCGUUCCUCUAGUCUAUACUCAGGUGGUAACACUAUCACUGUACGCCUACUUUUUCUCAGCUUUGCUCGGUAGACAAUUCGUUGCACAUUCUGAAGGCGGGAAGAACUAUGAAGAGCCGGAUAUGUAUUUCCCGGUUUUUACAACACUGCAGUUUUGUUUUUACGUCGGAUGGCUGAAAGUCGCCGAGGUAUUAAUUAAUCCUUUCGGCGAAGAUGAUGACGAUAUCGAGCUGAACUGGCUGAUAGAUAGACAUAUUAAGGCCGGUUACAUGAUCGUUGAUGAGAUGCACGAGGAACAUCCGGAACUUCUGAAAGAUCAAUAUUGGGACGAAGUCAUACCUAAAGAUUUACCAUAUACAGUCGCCAGCGAGCAAUAUCGAAAAGAGGAACCGAAAGGUUCUGCGGAGCAUUACAAAGUAAAAGAUAGCGAUGCUCUUUAUGCAAAUGUUAUGCUAGGCACACAGAUUCAUAGUCACGUUCAUCAUCGUAAGACUCAUCAGGAUGAUAUGUACGCCGAUUACGAAAGUGUGGACACUCCGUUGGUAGAACGAAAAAAGAAUGGAUGGUUUCAACGGCAGAUUACUCGGAUGGGGUCAGUACGCAGUUCCUCGACCACAUAUAGCAGUGGUGGUGGUUUCUUUUCACGAAACAGACACAACAGCGUAUACAGCAGUCCUGAGACUGGUGGUCUUCCGCAGACGAACAAUCCUAAUCUUAAAAUGACGCUCUAUGAUCGUCUCGUAGGACGUAAGAGCGUUCGUAGUCAGCGAAUGGGUCGUCAAGGCACUAUGACGAAGCUGAACUCAGUGCCGGUAUCCCUGAAGAACAGGCCGCGUAUACCGACUCCGGAUGUGACAAAGGAGGUGGUCGACCGUGAACAGAGGUUGGCACUUUCAGCCACCAAUGCGGCGAACAUCGGCGCCGGUGUGGUGGGCGUGAUACCAGCGAAUGGUCAUUAUCCAACUGAUCUAUCAGUGGUGGUGCUGUCACCGAUACAGGAAACAGAAAGCACACCCGCUUCAGGGAAAUCUGGUGCGGCGGCCUUGGCGCAAGCCGUACUCUCACCGACAUUGACUGGUGCCGGUUUGAUGACACCGGUGACCUUGACGCCGGUCACCAUGAGCCACCUGACUCAGCUGGGCCUGAUGACGACGGCAACGACGACGAUGCCGCACAUAAUCAAUCAAGGCAACAGUAUCCAGGCGACGUUGACGGAAGUCAAUAGCAGCGAGGAAGAAGGUAGCGGAAGUGGCAGUAGUAGGAGUGGAAGUAUCACCGGCCAAGAGGACCGCUCUACGCCGUUGAUCGACAACAAUAAUAGUCCGAUGGGUAGCAACGGCAGCUCGCCCACUUUCGACGGUUACAACGAUCGCUCGCCGAUUUUGAUGAGACCCGAGAAGCUGGGCUAUGUUGUCACCGCCACUUUACCCACUACGCAAAAUAUCGCGGCGGCGGACGCGCGAGGUAGACGAUCGGCGUCGCUACCUGGUCCACCGCCGGUCGUUCAAGCUGCUCGCGACGACAGAAGUAUGUCGUUGCCGCAAUCCCCGGGAUUGCAGCCAAGAGAGACUCGCACGAUCUCCGUGUCGAACGGCCGGGAUGGUCUCACCAUCGUCGACAGACUCACUUCCGGCAAUCAGGGCAUUCGACCGAGGACCAGUAGCUUCGGUCACGAUUUCUCCAAGUCCACUCAACGGGUCCAGGAUACGUCGAGAAAAAUAAGUAGCGUCUCGUGUACCAACUCGUCGCUUUCGAGCGGUUUGGGUUCGACGUCCUCGACGUUGUCCACGAGUGUGCCUGCUACGACGACCGUCGCCGGUAGCAAGAGAGGUGAAGUUUACGUUUGAUGGAGGAAAUUAAUAAUAAUAUGGACUUUAACUUGUUUUAUUCAUUAGAGAAUACAGAUCUGUUGGAACUUCCUGAGAUUUAUUUACAUUAUUGCGAUGGAUAUUGUAUAUGCAUUGCAUAUAGCACUCAGUAGUUGACGAGAUUGUUUAUGUCGAUUUAUAACUAAAAGUAUAUUUCGUCUUUUUUGUUUAUCAAAAGUUCUUAUAAAAUAUUAAUCUUUCAAAUAUCUUGUUUUUAUUCUCUCUUACUUUCUCACUCGUCUUUAUAUAGAAAUAAUUGUUCUUACAAAUGCGAGAUAAUAUGAGUAUUCUUGUCAAAUACAAAGAUAUCUCCUAUAAUUUGUUAAUGUUUAUUUUGUUGCUUUUAAAUUAAAAUAUUUUUUUGGAAUGUUUUAUGCUUAAAAUAAGAUAUUUCAAAUAAUCUAUUGAAAAUAGUAUUGGCAAUAUUUUUUGACUAUUAUUUUAUUGACAAUAUUUUAUUUUCAACAUUUAACA